CCCCCUCCUCCUUCCCCCUCUCUCUCUCCAAAAAAAAAAAAACAAGAGAGAGAAAAAAAAAGGAAUAAUACAAAGAAAGAUUAUUACUUUAGCUAAGACAGAGGAGAGAGAAUCUAGAGAGAGAAAAAAAAGAGGAGAGAGAAAACAAAAAAAAAUGGUUCAGAUCGAGAAGAGGAAGAAGAAAGGAAGACCAUCAAAAGCAGAUCUAGCAGCUCGGCGCGCCGCCGAAGAAGCCGAAGCCGCCGUCUCACCAUCAGCUUCAUCGGCGCCGCUUGAAACAGCUGAGCAGAGAGAAAUACGCCGCAGUCUUCGGCGCAAGACUUUCCGGUAUAAUAUUAUCGACUACGAUGAAGAUUAUCUAGACGACGACGUCGUUUCAGACGAACAACAACAACAACAAGAAGAUGAUGAAGAUGAAGAUGAAGAUGAUGAAGAUGGUGGUGGUGGAAAUGGUGAAAGGAGAAAGAGAGGGAAGAAAGUUAAGCUAGUUUUAAAGCUUAAUAAUAAUACUAAUAAUAGAAAUAAUCAUAAAAAUAAUAUUACUAAUAAUAGUAAUGGAUCGGUGAGUCGACGCGGCCGAGUUCCGAGUUGUGACUCGGAGGAAGAAGAAGAGGAAGAGGAAGAAGAAAGAGAAGUGAAGAAAAGAAGGAUUAAUGGCGGAAAUGAUGAUGGAGAUGAAAAUGAGGAAGAUGAAGAAGAUGAUGAUGAGGGAGGAGAUGGUAAAGAGGAAGGAAUUCAAGAGGAUUAUGUGAUUUCUGGGGUAGGAAAUGGUAGAUGUAGUAGUUAUAAUGGGAAUACACCUUUGCCUGAUAUAAAGCAAUUGCAGUUCAUACUGGAGAAACUUCAGAAAAAAGAUACAUAUGGUGUUUAUUCUGAGCCAGUUGAUCCUGAGGAGCUCCCAGAUUAUCACGAUGUUAUCGAACAUCCGAUGGACUUUUCCACUGUUAGGAAGAAGCUUGCCAAUGGUUCAUACUCUAUUUUAGAGGAUUUUGAGAGUGAUGUGUUCCUAAUUAGCUCCAAUGCAAUGCAGUACAAUGCACCUGAGACAGUAUAUCAUAAACAGGCUCGUGCAAUCAAAGAACUUGCUGAAAAAAAGUUCGAGCGACUAAGGAUGCAAAUUGAGCGAUUAGAGAAAGAGCCGAAAUCUGAACCAAAAUGUGAACGAAAGCUUGAGCCAAAGUCUGAACAGAAGGAGAGAUCGUAUUCAAUUGUCAAGAAGCAAACGAAGAAGCUCUUUUCCCGUGGCACACAGGAAACCAUAUGCUCUGAUUUCUCAACCGGUGCCACCCUUGCCACAAUGGAAGCCCCUAACAAUUGCAGCACUGAUGACGUUGGUAGCUUUGAGAGGCCUAUCAAUAAUGAUGGGCUUGUAGAGGGCAUCUCUUUCCUCGCGGAUAAUAAUCUAGACAAAGCUGAAGAUCCACAGUCAGGGAAGGGUGUACUGCCAAAAUUUGGAAGGAGAUCAUUUGUUGUUGAUGAGAACCGUCGUGCAACUUACAAUAUAUCAAAUCAGCCCGAAGAUAGGUCUGACUCAAUAUUUACAACAUUUGAGGGUGACAAGAAGCAGCUAAUUCCAGUUGGGUUGUCUGGAGAAUUUUCCUAUGCCCGUAGUCUGGCUCGAUAUGCUGCAAAUCUCGGGCCUAUUGCUUGGAAAACCGCCUCCAAGAGGAUCGAACAGGUUCUUCCUCCAGGCUUAAAACAUGGCCGCGGAUGGAUUGGGGAAUAUGAGCCACUACCUACGCCAGUCUUAGUUGUUGAAUAUCGUAAAGACCCCUUUGCUUCAAGGUUACAUGAUGCCGUUGGUUCAAUAAAGGAUGACAGAAAGGACUCCAUUGUUUCAAGAUCAUCUGGUGCUGUUGAUUUUAGAAAGGAUGGCAGAAAGGACUCCGUUGUUUCAAGAUCACCUGGUGCUGUUGAUUUUAGAAAGGAUGGCAGAAAGGACUCCGUUGUUUCAAGAUCACCUGGGGCUGUUGAUUUUAGAAAGGAUGACAAAUUUUUCGAGGGCCGAGCUCAAGCUAACGAGCACCUCUGUAAUCAACCUAGUUUAGAUGGAAAAUUGGCAACUAUGUUUGGUUCUGGAGGUGCCAAAUCACCAGCCUCUACUUUUUCUGCCGCUCAACAGCGAAAUCCAUUUUCCAGAGGUUCUGAACAUGUGAUGCUCAAGGGAGCUGAAUCUAAUUGUCCAUCUACAAACUUUCAGCAAAACAAUUCUGUUUUUCAGCAGCAGUGUCUAUUUCCAAGGGAUUCAAUUUGUCCUGAAAAUAUGGGUGCAAAGAGAGUGGAACCCAAUUCCCCAUCUAUAUCUGAUCAGAAAAGAGAUUAUAUUCCUCAGAAACAACUGCCUCAUGGUAUGGAUGUAGGUAGAAAGAGGAUGGAAACAAUUUCUCUGCCCAUAUCUGACCAGAAAACAGAUCACAUUCCACAGAAGCAACGUCCUUAUUGUAUGGAAAUGCCUGUUUCCAUGCAAAGUGAAUCCUUACCCAAUGGUAAAAAUUUUCUGCAGUCGCUACCUAUCAAACAACCUGAUGCUAAUGGAGGUGCUUCUAAUGGGUCAUCCAACGGAAAGGUAGUGAACAAUAUUCUAGCUAAUAAUCGAGUAAUUACUCCAUCCCCAGGUUUAAUGUCACCUCAGCCUGCUGGAGCAGCAGUAUCCUUCCCCCAGAAACAGGAGCAGGGUCUUAGUGACCCAGUCCUGGUUAUGAAGAUGCUGACUGAGAAAGCUCAGAGGCAACAAAAUGGAUCAAUUCACUCUCAUAGCCCUGGACAAGCUAGGCCGUCUGUUUCAUCACCCAGAGUAGACACUGGAGGCAAUGCUGCAGCAGCAGCUGCCAGUGCGUGGAUGUCUGUUGGUCCUGUAGGAUUUAGACCAGCCACUCAAAACUCCCCAUCAAAUAGAAGUCAGAAUUCUGCAGAUUCAUUAUACAAUGCAACACGGAUGUUCUAUCCUCAGGCAAUGCAGCCUCAUGUCGAAUAUCCUGUCUCUAAUACAAGACAUUUUCCGCCAGAAAAAACAGGUUUUCCCUUCCAAUCAUUUGCUUCGCAACCUACUAAAGCCGGGAAUGAAGGACAGGUCCCGAGCAGACCAAUGGUCUUUCCUCAACUGGCUACCAAUGACUUGUCUAGAUUUCAAAUGCAAACCCCUUGGCGAGAUCUGUCUCCACAUACUCAACAGAAACAGAAACAGGAUACACUUCCUCCAGAUCUGAAUGUUGCUUUCCAGUCGUCCGUGGACUCUCAGCAACCAGACCUUGCUUUGCAACUUUAGAUCACAUUUCAAAUCUGCUGAGAAUGAGGAUCAUAUAAUUACAAAGGGAUAAAGAAAAGUUGACCCAGAUCGGUAUCCAUCAUGAAGAGAAUCCCGCUAUUGAAAUGUGUUUGAUCUGGCUGUUGAGUUGCUGAAACAAGCUGAGUUGAUGUUGGAAAGAAUCAGUUCUGCAGCUUGAUGAUAUCUUUGAUUGCUUCAUGCAACUUCUGUGCUUUACUGACAGGAAAUAUCAGAUUUAGGGAACAUAACCGAGUAAUUCGUAGUGGAGCUGACAAUGAUGCAUGUUUUUGUUCUUGCAUGAGAUUUACUAACUUGAGAUGGCAGGUAAUCAUACAAAUCCUAGAUAGGUAGUAUAAAUGUUCUGGGUGGGUCAUGGGUGGCACAGGCUUAAAGUGAUUUACCCACAGUAAAAUUGGUCAAUUCAUUGUAAUUAAUGUGAGCAGACUGCAGAGGAGGCUGUGUAUACAGGGUUACUUGCCUUCUUGCCUUGUAUGAUGCGUUUGUUGAUUUGGCACACACCCGUUAGCAUGCCAUGUACAUUCGUGGUUAGAGUUCUCCAGAAAUCGUAAGGUUUAUCUUUUCUGUUGUAAACUGUGCUCGAUUUCAAUACAACUUGGUGUCUGAUUUAUCCAUUGUCGA